UAACUAUUCAACUCUUUUUCAGGUAUCAAACUUUGUGCUAGGUUAGUUUCGAACCGUUAUACCUGUAUAUCGUUAUCAAGUUAUAUUGCUGUAUUGUAGCGAUGGCAGAUCUUGUUAAGCCAGGGGUUGUUGCUGCAAUUCUGAGUGAUGAGCAACCAGAAAAUCCAGUUUUUCAAGUGCUGGGAACAAAAAUUAUUGAAAGCAGUGCGACCGAAAGAGUUCGUCUCAAUGUAUCAGAUGGAGAAUAUUCUUUAGCCACUACCAUGCUUGCCACUCAGCUAAAUCAUCUUGUGAAAGAGAAGAAAAUUGAUAAAUAUGCAAUUAUCAAAUUAACAAAAUAUCAAGUCUCAGUACUACAGCAAUCAAGGCAUAUCCUCGUUUGUCUUGAGAUUGAAAUACUCAAAACAGGUGAUGAAGUUGGGCAAAGAAUCGGAGAUCCAGUAUCAUCUACUAACUUUGUGAAAGGUAGUUCGAGGCCAAAACCAUCCUUCAAUGGAACAGCCAACAAAACAAAUGGAAACUCUACUUCUGCUUAUGACAGUCCCAAACCAACUGGAAAAAUGCCAUUUGCAAAGGGGACCACUCCAAACACCCCAGGAGGAACACCGAUGAGAGUGAUGCCGAUUGCUAGCCUUACUCCUUAUCAGAACAAAUGGACGAUAAAAGCUCGAGUAACACAAAAAGGAUCUGUUCGAGAAUGGAAAAAUGCCAAAGGAGAAGGAAAACUAUUCAGUUUCACUGUUCUGGAUGAAUCUGGUGAUAUUCGAGUCACUUGUUUCAAGGAAGAAGUUGAUAAAUUUUAUGAUAUGCUGGAAACUGGCAAGGCUUACUAUAUUUCGAACGCAACUUUGAAACCAGCAAAUAAACAAUAUAACAACACUACACAUGAUUAUGAGAUGACGUUAAGACGUGAAACAAUCAUCAACCCUUGUGAAGAUUCUGAAGUUGGAGACUUGCCCAAAGUCAUUUAUAAUUUUGUUCCUGUCUCAAAAUUAUCCAAUCAUAUUUCACAGAUUGUUGAUGUGAUCGGUGUUGUGAAAUUCGCUGACGAACCAGUAUCAAUCAUGAUAAAGAGCCAAAACAGAGAAACGAAAAGAAGAAACCUCCAUCUUGUUGACAAAUCAGGAGCUGAAGUUCAAAUGACGUUAUGGGGAGAUGAGGCAGAGAAAUUUGAUACUGAAGGAUCUCCAGUUAUUGCAUGUAAAGGUGUGAGAGUGUCUGAUUUUGGUGGAUGUUCGAUAUCUACCAUUAGUUCAACAACAAUGAUGAAGAAUCCUGACAUUCCAGAAGCAUUCGAAUUGAAACAAUGGUUUGAAUCUGGAGGUUGCAACCAAGAAACAACAUCAGUAACUACAACUGGUGGUGGAGGCGCAUACACUACAAACUGGAAAACUCUGGAAGAUAUAAAAGAAGAAAACAUGGGCAUGGGUGACAAACCUGACUAUGUGACAUGUAAAUGUAUUGUCACUUAUUGCAAAAAGGAGAAUGUUUUAUAUAAGGCAUGUGCAACUGAACGAUGUAAUAAGAAAGUGAUUGAUUUGCAGAACGGUUCUUUCAGAUGUGAGAAAUGCAACAAGGAGUCUCCUGACUUCAAAUACAGGAUGAUCCUCAAUAUGAAUAUAUCAGAUGAGACUGACAAUAUUUGGGUGACAUGCUUCCAAGAACAAGGAGAAAUUAUACUUGGUUCAAAAGCUGAUGAAAUCGGAGCUUUGAUGGAAGAAAAUGAAGCACAAUUUGAAGAACUUCUAAAAAAGCCAAAUUUCACUUCUUACUUCUUCAAAAUUCGUGUGAAAAUGGAGAGAUACAAUGAUGAAGAGCGGCUGAGAUCAACAGUUGUUGAAAUCUCACCUAUUGCACAUGAGGAUUUUUCAAGAAAGUUAAUUGCAGACAUUGAGAAAUUAAGCUCACAGUAAUAAAUUAUCGUGCACAAAAAAAAAUUUCCCUUUACUACCAAAUGAUACAUUGGCUGGGGUUUCUGCAAAUUUGCCUUGUUUGGCAGUGUAUAAAUGGUUUCGUUCAUGUUUGUAUAGUUAGUUAUGGAAAUCAUUGCAUUUAUUUGAAUUAUUUUGGUAUGCAUGGUUGUAUUAGCGGAAAUCAGGUUAUAGAUAAUUUCUUGUUUAAAACGUAUUUGAUUGCCAACAAAAACAUAAUCCUGUCUAGUUGGCCAUAUCCAUACUGAAUUUGAUGAUUUAUUAGAACUGAAAUUUGAAAGUACGAAUUUAUCAGUUCUACUCAAUUUCUUUGUAAAUAAGCUUUUGUUUCAUUACUGUUCCUAUGGUAGAUUGUUCUUUCAGUCUUCACUGCCUACUGUAUAUAAUAAAACACUGCCAAUUUCGCGAA